AUGGGAGAGGCUUUGCAGGAGCACAGAGGAGCCUCCCUGCUGCCCAGGAGCUGCUGCAGCCGCCAGGGAAUCCCCAGCAGCCGCGCCAAGUUGGCUGGGUGCAAGACCACCCUCACCACCACCACGCCGGCAGCCAGCGUUGCUCAGGCUUUCUUCUGCCUCCUGCUGUGCGUCCCCUGGGGCAGCUCCUGCCCCCCCAGCUGCCAGUGCACGGAGCGGGCAGGGGCCAAGGCUGUGCUCUGCAGCUCCCGGCACUUGGAGGAGAUUCCCAAGGACAUCCCCAGAGACGCGGUGUUCCUGAAGCUGGAUGCUAACAGCAUCACCAAGAUCCCCAGCGAUGCCUUCAAGCACCUCUCCCACCUGGAAGAACUCGACCUCUCCAGGAACGCCAUCGAGAAGAUCGACCGGGCAGCAUUCAAAGGGGUAGCCGCCGGGCUGCGUACCCUCGACCUCUCCAGCAACCGCAUCCGCAGCAUCCCCAAGGAGGCCUUGGUGGCGCUCAACGCCAAGCUGCGGCUGGCCAACAACCCCUGGCACUGCGAGUGCGCCCUGCAGGAGGUGCUGUGGGAGGCGCGGCUGGACCCCGACUCGGUGCAGGACAUCACCUGCCACACGGCCCCGCGCCAGGAGUACGUGGGCAAGUCACUGCUGCAGGUGCUGGACGCCGGCGUCAACUUCUGCAGCGUGCACCAGAGGACCACGGACGUGGCCAUGUUCAUCACCAUGUUCGGCUGGUUCGCCAUGGUCAUCGCUUACGUCGUCUGCUACGUCCGCCACAACCGGGAGGACGCCUGCAAGCACCUGGAUUACCUGAAGCCGCUGCCGAGCGCCCAGGGCCACGCAGAGACCACCAGCACCGCUCUGUAGUGCUUCCCAGCUUCUGUGCAGGCAGCCAGUGGCAGCCUGGUGGGUUUCAAAGCUCCUCUCCGGGAUAUUCCAGCACUUGCUCCGGUUCUGCAAACGAGCACCACUGACUUUGCUCCUCCCUGGUGAUGCUGGACUGAGUGUGAGCAGACAUCAUGGGAGAGGCAUGCUGGGGACACCCCAUGUAGACCUUUCUAUGGAGCCCAGGUUCCCAGGAAGGAAUGUCCCCGUGCAGACCCCUUCUGCCCUGCCAGAGCUGGGCUCACAGUGACAGCAGCCCCAGCCACCUGCAUGCCGUCCACAUGGUUUGGAGACAAAAGACCUUGGGGGAACACAGGGUGUUCUGUGGGGGCAAAGAGGUCCCUGAAGCCUGGGGUGCAGAGGUACAGGCUGCUCUGUGCAGCAGGGUCGGCAUGGCCUGGCUCAGUUAAGGACCAGCUUUGCAGCCAGCAGGACAUAUGCCCCAGCCCCAGUGUGGGGCAGCCUCUGCUUGCCACCAACAACCCCGAGGGUCAUCUCCCAAAUCUUUGAUGUCUCAAUAAAGCCCUGCAUGCAGGAAAAGCCCUCAGGGUUUGUGCUGAGCUGGGAGCCGACACCUGGGCAGGAUGGUGGUGCCCAAGGGGCUUGUGCUUGUCCUAAUUUGAUCUCUCCUAAAGCAGACGAGCCUAAAUUCAAUGUACCGGCUCCACUGCCAUCAGACUGCAGCCCUUUGAGCAGGGGCCAGUUGGCCAAACACUGCCUCUGCAUCUUGUCUGGUACAUUUGGCCUUAUCUUGCCCUUCCUUGGGGCUUUAUUAAAGAUGCAGCAUG